CAGACGCUGCACAAGCAGAGAUUGACGAUGAUGAUUGAGCUCAUGCAACAGGAAUUGGUUACAAGGGAGUCAGCGGCAGCUGCAGCGAAGGACGUCAAAUGUAUCUACAAUUGCUCCUGCUUUUGCUGUCGCCAGGGAUGUUGCAUGGUUGUGUGCUCCUGUUGCACCUGUAACACCUUCAGCUGUACAAGCUACAACAACAGAAACAGCAGCAGUAACAUCAGUCUCUAUAGAGGCGUCAGCCUCCAUCCGAUAGUUGUUGUCAGCACCGCCUGCCAAUCGAUAGUAGCGGCUCUAACGCUGAUAAUAGGCUACUUAACAUUGUUCAAAGUGAGCUAUCGUGCCUUAUGGUCAAAAGCACCCACAAACCCGGCUGCUGGCAGCGCAACUACCAGCAACUGCACCAGCACUAGCAGCAACAGCAACAAUGCUGACAGUAAACUGAAGGAGCAAUAUGGGCACGGUCACGCUUCCUAUGAUAUUACCAAUGAUCAGCAAUUGAAAACGAAUAACUUGUGCAAAAUGUUUUUUAAUAACCGGAAGAGGCAAAGGAGUCGACGAAGGCGGCGUCGUCGUCGGCGACGCCGUUACAAUAACAACAAUAGCAGCAGACAGACCGGGAGCUGCAAGCAGCAGCAGUACCAUGAUAGCAGUAGUGAUGCCACGUGCCUAUCCAUUGCGGUGUGGACAACAAUCGGGCAGGACGAGGUGGACAGCAGCAGUAACAGCAAGAGCAAACCAUAUAGAGCACACGCUGUGGGCACUGCGUAUGCGCCGACGACGACCAUUCUUUCGAGGUGGCCUUCGAUGAACUGCAGCAACAGCAACAGCAACAGCAAGGCGAAGCGCAAUCGAGCCAACCUCCUUUGGCUGCUAAUCGGUAUCUUUUGGCUAGAGGUUAAGCUCAUCAAUUGCAACUCUAUUGCCAGCAGCAACGGCUACGUCUCCUCAAUAGUCGCUCAAAAGGGCUGCACUCUGUGCCAGCUCGAGGAAGGAAUCUUCUACAGCGACAAGCAUAACCCACACACAGAAUACAACAACAACAACCAUAACAACAACAAUAACAAUUUUGCCUAUAAAAAAAGUAUUCAGAGAACAAACAAUAAUAUUGUGGUCAGUGAUCGUGUUCGUUUAGAGUCAAUCAAACGACAAAUCUUGACAAAACUAGGACUCACUCAUAAACCAAAUGUAUCCCACCCGCUACCCAAACAGUUUAUCUGGGAGACAAUCUAUCGAGCAGACGGUGGGCAAAUGGUAACGAACGAUGUAUUCGAAAGAAACGUUAUCUUGGCAAAUCGUAGUCAGCGGAAGAGAAUGCGAACCGUCGUUAAUGAGCUCAACGAGAAUCGUUUCGAUAGCUUAAGUGUACCAUAUAUAAUUGGUACUACAAACAGGAGCAGCAGUAAAAGUAAAAACAAAACAAAAUACCAUAACUUAAGAUCAGUCUCUUCAGAAACAGAAGCAGAAAGGGCUAAGACAAUCCAUGGAUCGGAUACGCGAACAAGGACAGAGAACCAGAGCUCCCUCGAUUGGAAUAAGAACCCUAAGUCAAAUGCUUAUAGUGAAUCGACAUAUCUUAUAGAUAUAAACCGGAGUAGAGAUAGUGAUAGCAAAAACGAUGUAAGCGGCGGAGCUACCGCCGACUUCGAUCACGACGAUCAUAUAUAUUUUAACGAUUACAGAGUUCAAAUCCAAAACAAAGACCAUAAGCAGAAGCCAUCAGCCAGUAAUAAUGCGCGAGUCAAAAAGAAACACAGCCGAGAACACGAUGCCAUCACUAUGCAUCGAGACAAUGUUAAUGGAUUUGAGCGCGAAGAGUACUUUGGAAGCACGCAAGAGAUAAUUACGUUUGCUGAGGAGGGCGCACAAUACCGGCAAUAUCGCAUAGUGGAGUUCGCCGCGCAGAAAGCGGGUAUAUCUAAUCAAAAGAUAUCCAUUAAGAGUGCGCAAAUGCAUAUUCGCAUCGAGAGACAGGAUGUGAAAAGCGAAGCUGUGAGCCACGACGCGCAACGUAAGAUGAAGACUGCGCGGAAGAGUCACGCCAGCGAGCCUAGGCAAAGGAUCAAGAUUUGGGUAUUUCGAAUGAGCGAGGGGAUCAAUAUGACUGAGAAGGCGAUGGAUCAGGUUUUUCUAUUUCGUGCCCUAUUCGAGGUGGACACGGAUCGCUUGGGUUGGCAAAAGUUUGAUCUUACCGAGACUAUUCGGGAAUGGUACAACGAUAGGGGCAGGGAGAAUCUACGUCUCUUGAUUGACUGCACAGGCUGCGGCAGUAAAUAUUCACUGCACCUGUUUCAGCUGCCCGAGCCACGGGUGAAAUUGGCAUCGGAUCGCUUCGUGAAUCCGAACCGUCCAUUUCUUGUCCUACAUACGGAAUCGCCAAGGCCUCGUCGCGUUCGGCGACGUGCAAUAGACUGCGGUGGCGCAUUAAGCGGCCAAUGCUGCAAGGAAUCCUUUUACGUAUCCUUCAAAGCGCUCGGCUGGGAUGACUGGAUAAUAGCGCCUCGUGGAUACUUUGCCAACUACUGUCGAGGCGAAUGUACUGGGCCGUUCCGCACCCCAGACACGUUUCAAACAUUUCACGCACACUUCAUCGAAGAAUAUCGCAAAAUGGGCUUACUGAAUGGAAUGCGCCCCUGCUGCGCUCCGAUCAAGUUCUCAAGCAUGUCCUUAAUUUACUAUGGCGACGAUGGUAUUAUUAAACGUGAUCUACCGAAGAUGGUUGUAGACGAAUGUGGAUGCCCUUAA